AUGGCGGCGACUGUAAAGGGGUCCACUGUAAAGCCCUCGACCGCAGCCAUGGAAAUAGAAGAAGGCGUCGAUGAGUUAGACCGGUGCGCGGUGGAGGAGGUUGAGUUAACCGUCCCAAAAACCGAUGAUCCAACGUUACCGGUUCUCACUUUUAGAAUGUGGGUUUUAGGUCUUGGAGCUUGUAUCAUACUAUCGUUCAUAAACCAGUUUUUCUGGUACAGACGGAUGCCAUUGUCAAUAACCGGAAUCUCUGCUCAGAUAGCGGUCGUGCCGCUCGGUCAUCUGAUGGCUAGAGUGCUUCCAAAUAAGAAGUACUUGGAAGGAUCAAGGUGGGAGUUUAACAUGAAUCCUGGAACGGUUUAUGCGACUCAUAUACUUAGUGCUAUUAAGCUUUACUAUAAGAGAUCUCUUCCGUUUCUACAGGCUUUUCUCAUAAUGAUCACUACUCAGUUUCUCGGAUUUGGGUGGGCUGGUCUAUUCCGUAAGCACCUUGUUGAGCCAGGUGAAAUGUGGUGGCCAAGCAAUUUAGUUCAGGUGUCUCUAUUCAGUGCCUUGCACGAGAAGGAAAAGAAGAAAAAGGGUGGCAUGACCCGAAUCCAAUUCUUCCUCAUAGUCCUUGUGACUAGCUUCGCAUACUACAUUCUCCCAGGCUAUCUAUUCACAAUGAUAACUUCCAUUUCAUGGGUCUGUUGGCUUAGCCCAAAUUCGGUUUUGGUUAACCAACUCGGUUCAGGUGAACAAGGUCUUGGUAUUGGCGCAGUUGGUAUUGAUUGGGCUACAAUUAGUUCUUACCUUGGCAGUCCACUCGCUAGCCCGAUCUUCGCUACCAUCAACGUUACCGUUGGUUUUGUGGUGGUCGUGUAUGUCGUCACUCCGAUUUGCUAUUGGCUUAAUCUUUACAAUGCCAAAACAUAUCCCAUCUUCUCAAGUGGGCUUUUCAUGGGGAAUGGCUCGUCUUAUGAUGUUUUGAGCAUCAUUGAUAACAAGUUCCAUCUGGACCGAGACAUCUAUGCAAAGACUGGCCCUAUCCAUAUGAGCACUUUCUUUGCGGUUACAUAUGGUCUUGGGUUUGCCACUUUGUCCGCAACUAUGGUCCAUGUCUUAGUCUUCCAUGGAAGGUAA